UCUUCUUCUUCUUCAUCAUCAUCCUCUUCUUCUUCUUCAUCAUCAUCCUCUUCUUCUUCUUUCAUCAUCCUCAUCCUCUUCUUCUUCUUCUUCAUCAUCCUCAUCCUCUUCUUCUUCUUCAUCAUCUUCAUCCUCUUCUUUUUCUUCUUUUUGUCUUCCUCUUGCAGGUCACUGCUCAUGCGCAGAUUUUUUAUCGGUAAAAAAUCGGCCGAUUUGCCCAUUAUUGCCGCGAAAAUCGGCCGAUCGGCAAAAUCGGCCGAUUUUUUUCCAACUUUACCGAAAAAAAAAAAAAACGGCCAAAAUACCGAAAAACGUCCAACCAAAUCGCCCACU